AUGAAAACAUUGUUUGAGAGAAGAUUAAUACUACAUGUUGUGCAACCAUUACAUCUCACAUCAUGGCUACUUGUGUCAUUUAUUUUGAAACCUAUUGCCUCUUCAAAACCUGCCCGACUUCCAAUUUAUCAAAGGAAACCUUUUAUAGCUGCUUGGAAUGCCCCAACAGAUCAGUGUUCAACAAAGUAUAAUAUAAUACUGAAUUUAAAAAUGUUUCACGUCAUUGGCAGCCCAUUGGCCAAGGCAAGAGGGCAAAAUGUUACCAUAUUUUAUGUCAAUAGACUGGGAUAUUAUCCCUGGUAUACAUCACAAGGAGUUCCUAUUAAUGGGGGACUUCCCCAGAACAUUAGUUUACAAACCCAUCUGGAAAAAGCUGGCCAAGACAUCAAUUAUUAUAUUCCAGCUGAGGAUUUCAGUGGACUUGCUGUAAUAGACUGGGAAUACUGGAGGCCUCAGUGGGCACGGAACUGGAACACAAAAGAUGUGUAUAGACAGAAGUCAAGAAAGCUAAUCUCUGAAGUAAAAGCAAAUAUGUCGGCCAGUGAUAUUGAAAAUUUAGCCAAAAUCUCUUUUGAAGAAAGUGCAAAGGCUUUCAUGAAGGAAACCAUCCAGCUGGGACUUAGGAACCGCCCCAGGGGCCUUUGGGGUUACUAUUUAUAUCCUGAUUGUCACAAUUACAAUAUUUAUGACCAAAAUUACACUGGCUCAUGCCCAGAGGAUGAAGUUUUGAGGAACAACGAACUUUCCUGGCUUUGGAACAGUAGUGCGGCCUUAUAUCCUUCCAUUGGAGUCAAGAAAUCACUUGGGAACAGUGAAAACAUCUUGCGCUUCUCCCAAUUUAGGGUAAAUGAAUCAAUGAGGAUUUCUGCUAUGACAUCUCAUGAUUAUGCUUUGCCUGUAUUUGUCUAUACAAGGUUAGGAUACAGAGAGGAGCCAUUAUAUUUUCUUUCCAAGCAAGAUCUAAUCAGUACCAUAGGAGAAAGCGCUGCCUUGGGAGCCGCAGGCAUUGUUAUUUGGGGAGACAUGAAUUUAACUUCAUCUGAGGGCAACUGUACAAAGGUGAAACAGUUUGUUACGUCUGAUCUUGGGACCUACAUCGUUAAUGUGACCAAAGCAGCUGAAGUAUGCAGCAGACACCUCUGUAGGAAUAAUGGGAGAUGUGUAAGAAAAAUCUGGAAAGCAGCAGAUUACCUCCACCUGAACUCUGAAAGCUGCCAGAUUGAGGCCUCUGACGAUGGAGAAUUUGUUGUGAAAGGACAACCAUCUGAUUCAGACUUGGAAGUGAUGGCAGAGAAAUUUUCUUGUCACUGUUAUCAGGGAUAUAGGGGAAGUGAUUGCCGGGAAAUUAAGACAUCUGACAACCGCUCUGGGGCUUCUCUUUCCUCUGCAUCAAGAACAGUACAGUGUCUGCUAGUGUUAGUCAGUUAUCUGAACUUUCAGCACUAA